CGCGAACGAUUUUUUUUUCUUAUUAAAUAUACUUUGCUACUGAUAAAAUCAUUAAUUAAUUUUCAUAAAAUAAUUGUCGAGCUCAUUUUUCGCUUUUUACCGACAAAAAUAAAAUUAACCGAGCUCAUUUGCAUCUUUUCAGAGUAUAAAUUAAUUGCCGAGCUCAAAUAUAUCAUUUAUAUAAAUAAAACAUAAUUUUAUUAUAACCGAGCCCAUUUCUAUCAUUUUAAAGCCAAUUAAAUAUACCGAGCUUAAAUAUUUCGUCUUUCCGAGCUCAUUUAAUUUUGCGUCCAAGAUUUUUUAUCAUCUUGUGUGAACACACAAAGUUUGAAUGAUUAAAGUUAUCUGAGGAAGAUGGCAGCACAUGUAAUCAUGAUACUUUAAUUCUAAUUACAGAUGUAAGAUAUCUGUUCGAAUCUGUGUAUUAUAGCGUGAUUUUUAAUAUUUUCAGAGCAACAAACUAUUAUAACAAAUAACCAUAAAGAUGACGUCUUUAAUCCGUCCAACAGUAAUGUUAAAACAAUAAAAGUAGAGAAAAAAAAGGCAGCAAGUAGUAUUUUGAAAAAUGUGAAUAAUGCAAGUGAAAUAUUUAAAAAAAAAACAAAUCGUCAACAGCGAAAACCAGCGAAAAAACAAUUGAGACAGCCAGAAGAACAACAUAUAGAGCUAGAAUGUAGCCAUGAAAAACUUCAGAAUGAAAAUCAGAUCAAAUCAGAAGAUGAUUUUAAGAUGAACGAUGAAGGUUGUGAAAUAAUGAAAUUAAUCGAUAAAAUUGAUCCUCAAACAAUUAUGAUUAAAAAACGGAAUGCCAAACUACUUGAUUAUGGUAAGAUUUUCGUAACCAAUAAACGUAAAACUCAAAAAAAAAAAUCUGUUAAUGAGCAACAAUUCAUAGAUGAAGAUCAAGAUACAACAACUAAGAGACUUAUUUCUGAAUGUAUUACAAAUUUACCAUUCGGUGAACAAAAUAUUUUGACGAUUAAUCGUAAUGGUUCAUUAUUCUAUUGUAUCGAAGAUUUAUACUACAAAUCGUUCUCAUCAUUAUGUACAUGUGAUGAAUAUGUUAGUUUAUUGUUUUGUCUACCAUUAUCGCCUCGUAACACUAUCAUUCAUCACGUAACAUUAACAGAAAAAAUGGCUAUAGAAUCGUUAAAAUUGAUUAAAAAAUUUAAUGAUAUUAAAUAUCGUCUAAUAUCAAUUGGUUAUAAUGAAUUUCUACAAAAAUUAUUAGCGUUAUUAAAAGGCAUGUCGAGAACAAUAAUGGCAAUGACAGAAGAUGAACAAGAAAAGAAGCAAAUAGUAACACGUGAACAACGUUUAAAGAAGUUAAUGGAUGAACUCCGAGAUUGGAAUUCAACAAUGAAAUCUAGAAGGCAACAGACAUCGACGUCAACGAAUGAUACCGGUCCAUUUGAACAUUUUUCCUCGUAUCGCGAUUUUCCAUAUCUUGAUGGUGAAGCAUUAACAUCACAUCAUUCACAACCUAAUCUCAAAUUUGAAACAACACCAAGUUUGCAAACAAGUGGAAUGACAACAAUCACCAAUGAUAUUAUUGAUCGAUUUCGCUUAUCACCGACAUCACCGUCAGUUAAGAGUGACGAUUUAACUUCUGCUCCUGUAAAGCGGAUAAAAAUUAUUAAAAAAAAAUCAGCGCAGAAACAAGCAAUUACACCACCAGUAGAACCGUCGGUUGCAGUAGAAAAUGAUUCAUUUUCAAAACAAUUGCCAACUACUCAGACUCAGCCACAAUUUGGUAUUUAUAUUUUCGGUAAUGUAAGCUGUAACAUCUAUUCAAAUAAAACAUAUCAAAAUCAAUUGACAACAACAACAAAUGAACAAUCACUAACUUCAAUGUCCACAAAAGCAUUAAAAGAUAAUUUCGAAUAUUAUAAAUCAAACAAGUCAAAACUUCAUCAAGAAAAGCAUAAUGAUUAUUCUCAUCCGAUAAUACAACAGGAAGAUUAUUUACGAGUUAAUCAAUUACAAGAUAGAAUAAAUGAACCAUCGAAUGACUGUUAUGGUGAUAAUAAUAGUGGUAAUAAAAAAUCAGUAAAUGACCAGAGUUUAAAUACUGUUAAAAGCCAACAGAAACAAAAAAAUAGUAUUUUCACCUCGCCACACAAACAAACUGCAAUGAAGCACAUGCAAAAUCAAUACAAUAGAUACCAUCGUUUGCCGUAUAAACGAAAUGGACAUUUGAAAAAUAAUUCAACUACACCAAAUUCAGCAGCAAUCAAUACAAAAAGUGAACCGACAAGCACAAAGUUAUUAGUUAAUAAACAAUCUGAAGAAACACCUGUGAUGGUUGGACAAGUAUCAGUGGAUGAUAAUCAACGAACAAAAUUAACAAAUAAUACAUCGCAUCAUAAUGUACCAUUUAAACGACGUAUAUUAAAUUCUUAUAAUAGUGAUACGAGCGAUAACAAUGAAACAUUGGAUUCGCCUUCUAUCGAAAGUAAACGUGAAUCGGCUAUUAAUAAUAAUAUAACAGAAAUUUCUAAUCCGAUAUUUUCCCAAAAAAACACAACAUCAUCAUCAUCAUCAUCGUCAUCAUCAUCAUCAUCAUCAAUGAUAAACUUUAACACAACCGCUCAAUCACGCUCUAAAUAUCGUUCGAAUAUGGAUGGACGUCGACUAACUACGUUAUCAUCUGAAAAUAAUAAUCAACAUGUGAAGGAACAUUUGAAUGGAAAAAAUACUACAGCAUCAAUAAAACGAUCAAAUAGUCUACCGAUAUGUCAUAAUAAAAGUUGCACAAGUACUACUAGUCAACCUUCGAAUAGCGGAUUCGUAAAAAGCUUAGAUGAUUCUAAUUUAGACAAUUCAAACACAAACAAUAGUAUUCCUAAUAUAACAAAAAUAAAAGAAGAACCUAUUGAUAUCACCGAAGAAGCAUAUCCAAUGAUUGUGGAUGUCGAAGAAAAUGUUUAUGAGGUCGCGACAAGUCUAAAAAAACAAGAGAUGUUGCAAAGUCUUGAGGUUCGUAGCAUGAUUCAUAAUAUCACUCAUUCAAUAUCAUGCACACCGGAAGAAACAAGAAAAACAUUUCGUCAAGAUUUGGGUACAUCUGAAUCAGAUCGACAGUGUCCAAAAACAUCCACAUUGCCUACAACAAUCUCAUUAGCACCUUCGUCGUCUGAAAAGCCAAAUUUACAUUUGAUAGAGCAAAGAAAGAAUUCUCUCUCAAAAAUUUUGAUACCAAAUAAUUCUAUUUUACCUGGAACAACCUCAAUGGCAAUACAUGACUCGCGACGAUCAUCACAUUCAAAUUUAUCUUCUAUGAGAAUGGUGAUAACAUCGCCAACAUCUCUACCUGACUACUUUACAAGACUACAGACUACAGCUUCAAAUGAUUUGUUGAAUCAGAAGCGAUCAUCUGAACAAAUACCAAAACCUAAACCAGAAACGGCAACAACAUUAGCUGAUCCCUAUUGCUAUUCACGUGACAUUCCAACAACAACAACACCGCCACAACUUCGACAAACGUUGCCGUUAACAUUGAAUGCUUCAAAUCAUCACCAGCAACAUUAUUGUUAUCAUCAGCCAUCUACUCGGCCAGCAUGGGCCAAUCAAAAUCUAUAUAAAUAUACACAGUAUUCAAAUCAAACGGAUCCUCAUCACACAGAAUCCAAUUUUUACUUAUCCAGACAGUCGCCAUCGACUUCUCAUCAUCAGAGUUCAAACGCAACAGUAUCUACUAUUCAAAAGCCAACGUUUACAUCAACAAACCACAUGCAUCCGUCAUAUUCACAACAUACGCCAUUUACCAUACCUACCGGAGCUCCACAACAUACAACUUACGAAUCAAAAGACCUUUCUUGUACCUCUUGUAGCCAAUCCAUUCAUUCAGCGACUGCACCACAAUCCACAUAUCCAAGUUGCUGUCAUUUGCCAGAAGAAAAGAUACAAAUAUACCGACAAAAUUCAAUUUCACAAACACAUCCACCUAAUGCCAAACGCACUAUGUCAGAAAUUCAUCAUAUGAGUCAACCGAAACAACAGCGUCUCGAUAAUCGACAACAAAAUAAUUCGUAUAUGACAACUGCUCAGAAACCAUAUGGCCAUAAUGUACACGAUAAUAAUAAUUAUUUACAUAAUAAUUUUGGUCAUCAAAUGUCGUCUGACUCAUUUAAUACCAAGCCUGGAAUGGUUGAUACUCAAACAUCAAAAAACACGUCUUGGACUACUCAAACCGCCACUAAUACUCAUUCAGAGUUCAAUUAUCCUCAACAUACACUAUAUCAACAUGAUAUUCCUCGAAAUGGUUUAAAUGGCAAUCAACAACCAUCACUAAUUUAUAAUCAAUGUACAAAAACACCAUCUUCAUACCAUAGUCAACCAUAUGUUCCAUUAACUUUCAAAAGCAAUAUUCAACAACAUUCAGUAUUAUCUUCGCCAACUUCAACAGCAACUACAGACAUAAAUAAUCCACAAUUUACUGCGCGUAAAGCUCACUCAAGUUUAGUACCAUUGCCUACAUCACUAAAUUCUAAAAGAACUAUUUUUUCCUGUUCUACACCACCAGUAACAAGUACUACUGGUGUUUCGUCAACUUUAGUAAAAACUAAAAAUCCUAUUAAUAAUAAUUUUGGUAACAAUAUUCAAAGUUAUCAACAACUCCCAUCAUCAAUACCACAUCCUCCCCAACAACUACAACGUGCUGAACCAAAAUCAGUCGAAUUAACAUUACCUGUUUGUCGUACAAAAAGUGUUGAUCUUCCAAAAGCAAUGUCAGCUAGAGAUUGCAGUGAAAUAGAUAGCAUUGCAAAACUAGUCAUAAAACAUUGUAAAACCAUAAGCAAUAAAGAAAUUACGUCAACUGGACAAUUAUUUCCGUCGUGGUUUGAUGAACCAGACUAUCGUUGUGUUCACUGUUUCAAUUGUGAUCAAGUAUUCACUCCACAAGAGUUUAUGAUGCAUAAUGAUGACCCAUUGACAAAAAAUUUGCCCGUACAACAUAUGUCGUCAAUUCAAUUAUUAACGUCAGAAAAAAUUUCGGAACAAAAAGUGAAUUGGUGGAAUCAGUUUUGUACACGUUUAACACUCUAUGCAAGUAAAUUCAAUGAUCAAAAAACAGUAACAAAAGAUAAUAAGGUAGGUUAUGGUUAG